CGGGAAAGGGUCGUUAUCCUGCACAGAUGUGAUGUCCCAGGGAGCACUGAAGAUUCGGGUCAAGGCAUAAAGCCUGGGGCUUCCAAUGAUACUCUGGGCAGUGAUGGAAGCCUAGAUGCCUCACCGCAAGGAGCGGCCGAGCGGGUCCUCGCUUCACACACACGGCAGCGUCGGCACCGCGGAGGGAGGAAACAUGUCCCGGCUGUCUCUCACCCGGUCGCCUGUGUCUCCCCUGGCUGCCCAGGGUAUCCCACUGCCAGCUCAGCUCACAAAGUCCAACGCGCCUGUGCACAUCGAUGUAGGUGGCCACAUGUACACCAGCAGCCUGGCCACGCUCACCAAGUACCCCGACUCCAGAAUAAGUCGCCUCUUUAAUGGCACUGAACCCAUCGUCCUGGACAGUUUGAAGCAACAUUAUUUCAUCGACCGGGAUGGGGAGAUUUUCCGCUAUGUCCUAAGCUUCUUGCGGACAUCCAAACUGCUGCUCCCGGAUGACUUCAAGGACUUCAGCCUGCUGUAUGAGGAGGCGCGGUACUACCAGCUGCAGCCCAUGGUGCGUGAGCUGGAGCGCUGGCAGCAGGAGCAGGAGCAGCGGCGCCGCAGCCGAGCGUGCGACUGCCUGGUAGUGCGCGUCACGCCCGACCUGGGCGAGCGGAUCGCGCUCAGUGGCGAGAAGGCCCUCAUCGAGGAGGUCUUCCCCGAGACCGGGGACGUCAUGUGCAACUCCGUCAACGCCGGCUGGAACCAGGACCCCACGCACGUCAUCCGCUUCCCGCUCAACGGCUACUGCCGGCUCAACUCGGUGCAGGUCCUGGAGAGGCUGUUCCAGAGGGGUUUCAGUGUGGCUGCAUCCUGCGGGGGGGGCGUGGACUCCUCCCAGUUCAGCGAGUACGUGCUUUGCCGGGAGGAGCGGCGGCCGCAGCCCACCCCCACUGCCGUCCGGAUAAAGCAGGAGCCCCUGGACUAGGCCCUGCCUCAGUGCCCACCUGAGGCCCCUUAGCCCUGGGGACACCCCAGGGACCUGGAAACAGUGCUGGGGAGUUCUGCCUGUGCGUGCUUAGCAGCGGCCGUGAGACUGAGCAUGGGCUGGAGGGUCCGAAGCCAGCCCAGGGAGCACCAGAGCUCUAGGUGUCAUGGCAACAGAAUGUGGGAUGCUGGAGGCAUGCCCACUGAAGGACUGUUGAUGUGACCUGAAGAUGCUGUGGUGGGAACUCCGCUGCCAGCUCUCUUAGCCCCGCUGCUCCCCAGCUUGGUGCAGCAUUCUCUGGGGCACUGGGGCCUGCCGAAGCAGGAUGAGCAGAGGCGUCCCCAGCUACGCCCGUGGAACUGUUUAUCCUUCUCCACGCGUGGCAGACUUAUGGUGGGUCUCCUUGCAUCAGAGAUGGCUUAU